AUGAGGACAGCCAGGCGGGCGAGCAAUGUGGAGGUGCCCUCUUUCCUCCGUCAGCUGGUCAAAGAGACCGAGAAGAUGGUCACCUUCUUCUUCAAAGGAGGGUCCAGGGAGACGGGGUCUGGGGAGGAGGACAGUCUGGACGAGGAGGACUUCAUGCCGAGCCCGUACCUGGACCAUCCCAUCCUCGAGAAGCAUGUGUCAGAGGGGGGAUCGCAGUCUGGGUUGAACUAUGCUGUGGCGAGCAUGCAGGGCUGGAGGGCACAGAUGGAGGAUGCACACACCUGCAUGCCCCAGUUGAAGGGGGACCUGACAGAGUGGGGGUACUUUGCUGUUUUUGACGGACAUGCCGGGACCACCGUGGCACAGUACUGCUCCAGAAACCUGCUGGAUCACGUCCUGGCAACAGGUGGGGUUAAAGCAAGCGAGGACUCUGAGCAGGUGAAGGACGGGAUCCGUGAGGGCUUCCUGGACAUCGAUCGUCACAUGCACAAACUGGCUCGCCAGGACAACUGGGAUCGUAGCGGCUCCACUGCGGCGGCCGUCAUGAUCUCACCACGUUUCGUUUACUUUAUCAACUGUGGGGACUCGCGCACUCUGCUCUGCCGCAACAGUCAGGUGGUCUUCUACACAGAGGACCACAAGCCGUUCAAUCCCAGGGAAAAGGAGCGGAUCCAGAACGCCGGAGGCUCAGUGACCCUGCAGAGAGUCAAUGGCUCGCUGGCCGUUUCCAGGGCACUGGGGGACUUUGACUUCAAGGAGGUGGACUGGAGGCCGCAGACUGAGCAGCUAGUGUCGCCGGAGCCGGAGGUGUACGAGCUGGAGAGGACGCCUGAAGACGAGUUCCUAAUCCUGGCAUGUGAUGGCGUGUGGGACGCCAUCGGUAAUGAGGAAUUGUGUGCCUUUGUGCACAACCGUCUGCAGGUGUGCGAUGACCUGAGAGAGAUUUGUACCCAAGUCAUUGACCUCUGCCUUUAUAAGGGCAGCUUGGACAACAUGAGCAUCAUCAUCAUCUGUUUCCCUGGCGCCCCCCAGGUGUCACAAGAGGCACUGAAGCAGGAGGCAGCGCUCGAGCAACACAUUGAUAUGAAAGUGGAAGAAAUUAUCCGGAUGAUGAGGUCCAGAGAUGAGGACCCUGACCUUCUUUAUGUGAUCAAAUUCCUGGCAGCGGAGGAGAUGCCAGGACUUCCACCAGGAGGUGGCAUCACCAGCAAGUGA